AUGAGAGUUCCAACAUUUUCUAGAUUUUGCUUUUGCCUCAACCUACAAACUGGAAAUACGAUUUGUGCUUGGAUGUUUUUAUUGGCAUAUAUUGCAAUUUUCCUUAUUGCUUUGUUCUCGCUUGUCUUUGGGAUUGACAUUAUUCACAUUGAUCAGUUUAGGGUCACAGAAACACUUCAGAAUGUAACACUCGUUCAGGAGGAGGUGCAGGAAGUAAAGGAGACGAGGAUUGGAGUUGCCGACUCCAUCGGAACGAUCAUAAUCUCAGCCAUUCUUGCAGUCGUCUGCUUCCUCUUCAUUCAUGGCAUAAAACUCCACGAUAUAGGAAAAAUGAUGCCAUAUAUAAUCCAAAACGGCGUCUUCGGGGUGCUUUUCAUUGGCGCCGCAAUCUAUUUCAUCAGUAUCAUCUUCCUCGUCAAGACCAUUGUAUUUACUUACAUCUCUAUCGCAUCAUAUUCACUUUAUGAAGUAUUUGCAUUUGAGGAAGCUCAGAAGCAGGAAAAUGUUCAAAUGAAUGAGAAUUUUAAUGAAUAUGGACAUACUUAUGAGGCUGAGAGUUAUAGUGGACAGCAUGGUGCUGUUAAUGGAGGGCAAGGCGGUGGAUACGAGGGUAAUGGUGGAGAAUUUCAUGGACCAUAA